UUUGUCCGCAAUUUUAUGGAAAAAUUGGAGUAAUGGAUGAUGUAAAGACUUUAAUUAGUUUAGACGAAGAAACAACGGACGACGAUGAACCAGUUGCGCCGAAAGUGGCAGUAAAAAGUUCGCCACCGCCGACAGCUGUGGUAGACAUCCUUAACGACGAUAUUCCAACACCGAGUACAGGUGUCGGCGUAGGUAACAAUAAUUCGGGGACUUUGAUGCCAGACAAGGACGACGACGACUUACCCGCAUUACUAGAUCACACCCCUUCAUAUUCAGGCAACAGUGCGCUCAAUGGAAAUUUGCCACCUAAUGAUCGGGAUAACGCUGAGUCGGAACCUAUUUUCCGUGUAAGAUCCCGGACCGCAGUAGCAUCUACUCCCAACUAUGAGAGCUUAGACUAUGAAGUUUGCGAAAAUAAGCUUUUUCAAGACGAACAAAAAAAGAGGCUUACGGAGCGGUUCUCACUGCGGAAAGAUAUCAUACGAUGGAUCAUAUUCAUACAAAUUGGCAUCAUUACAGCGCUUAUUGCCUGCUCCAUAGACAUUAUCAUCGAAGAACUCUCCGAACUGAAGUACAUGUUCCUCAUGACCUCUGUCGAGAAAAAUGUUCCACAGACCGACUUUACGGGCGGCGAUUUAGUUGUGCCUUUUCUCUACUGGAUUCUCUUGAGCGUAGUGCCCGUGGCAUUUGGAGCUGCCAUGGUUACCUACAUCGAACCCAUAACGGCGGGCAGUGGCAUUCCGCAGGUGAAGAGCUAUCUCAAUGGCGUGAAAAUACCACGCAUUGUGCGCAUCAAAACCCUGGCAGUUAAGGCUAUUGGAGUGAUCACCUCGGUGGUCGGCGGCUUGGCUGGCGGCAAGGAGGGGCCAAUGAUACACGCUGGCGCUGUUGUAGCCGCUGGCAUAUCGCAGGGAAAAAGCACCACUUUCGUAAAGGAUUUCCACGUCUUUAAGGCCUUCAGGGAUGAUCACGAGAAGCGGGACUUUGUCCUGGGAGGCGGUGCUGCUGGAGUUUCGGCCGCCUUUGGCGCCCCCAUUGGCGGCAUGCUGUUCUCGUUGGAAGAAGCAGCCAGCUUCUGGAACCAAAAUCUCAUCUGGCGCACUCUCGUUGCCUCAAUCAUUAGCGUCUUUACUCUGAACCUUGUUCUGUCCACAUAUCACGGUCUGAACGAUUUCACCUUCACCGGCCUCUUCAAUUUGGGAAAGUUCGAUCAACCCCUGAAAUUCGACUAUUUUGAAUUGCCGAUCUUCAUGCUGUUGGGCAUAACCGGAGGCCUACUAGGGGCCGCCUGGAAUUCGCUGAACACAAAAAUCAAUGGAUUUAGGAAACGUUACAUUCCCUGGAAGAUUGGCAAGGUAUGCGAAGCCGUUGUGGUGGCUAUGUUCGGCGUUACACUGGCAUGCACGAUGAUUUACUUUAUCAACGAUUGUCGGCCGCUGGGUAACGAUCCAACCAUCCAUCCUGUUCAGCUCUUUUGCGAGGACAAUGAAUACAAUGCAGUGGCAGCACUCUGGUUUCAAACGCCCGAGGCCACAGUCCGAUCUCUUUUCCAUGAUCCACCAGGAUCGCACAAAAUACUCACCCUGACCAUGUUCACGAUUGUCUAUUACGUGCUCUCGUGUGCCACCUUUGGCCUCAACGUCUCCCUGGGUGUCUUCAUACCAACAGCUUUAGUAGGCGCUGCUUGGGGACGUCUCUUCGCCAUGGUCACGUACUAUUUAUUUCCUGAAACUGAAUUUUUGCAUCCCGGAAAAUAUGCUUUGAUCGGAGCUGCCGCCAAUCUGGGUGGAGUUCUACGCAUGACCAUCAGCUUGUCGGUUAUUCUGAUGGAAACCACUGGCGUGGAGACAUCGUUCUUUUUCCCUCUGAUCAUUGCACUCAUCAGUGCCAAAUGGGUGGGCGAUUACUUCAACGAGGGCAUCUACGACACCCAAAUCGAGGUGAAUCACGUGCCCAUUCUGCCCUGGGAGCCGCUUCCACAAUAUAAAGGACUGACAGCCCGCGAAAUAUUGAGCAGUCCAGUGGUAUGCAUUAAGCUGCGCGACAGCGCCCAUUAUAUCUACAAUGUGCUGAAGAAGUGCGAUCACAAUGGUUUUCCCGUUGUGGAUGAUGUCCAAGGCGUUCAUCGCUCUCAGGGUCGCGUCUGUGGCAUUGUUUUGCGCUCGCAGCUAAUUGUCAUCCUGUUAAAGUCUCUGUAUGUGGAGAACAGUCGUUUCUGGCUACCAGACACUUCAAUACAAACGUUUCGCGAUGUCUAUCCGCGGUAUCCAUCAAUUGAGAGCGUUCGAAAACUGGAUGAUAAAAUAAACUACACAGUGGACCUGGCCAUGUUCAUGAAUCCAUCACCAGUGCGCGUCAAUGCGCACGACUCGGUGCCCAGGAUCUUCCAAGUCUUUCGGGCCUUGGGCCUGCGCCACAUGCUGGUCAUCAACAACGAGAAUCGCAUAGCUGGCAUCAUAACGCGGCGGGACUUCAUUUACAAGUGAUAUAUGGAGAAAUGCAUGUAUUUAAUACAAUGUUUUUAAUUGUGUGUCGAAUACUACUAUAGUGUAGUGCACUGUGCGCCGUUCAUUUUAAGAUAUAACUAUUUCAAAUAAACAUUUAUAUUUCUUUGUAA